AUGUGUGACGACCUAGAAGCCGAACUUUUAAAUGAUAUCGUAACCCGGCGGAGACGAAUGCAAAUUGACCCUAAAAAGCCUCGAAAUCACCGAAACUAUCGUGAGUGGAUGGACUUAGAUAACGUGAUUUCUAUAUGCUCUCGGAAACUUCAUAAUGGUCAAUAUCAUCAAAAAGCGCUUUAUAUUCGUGCAUCAGCCUAUCUAAAGCGUGGAUGGUUUCAAGAGGCAAUAGACGAUUGCGAAGCCCUAAUUCAAAAUGAUAAAACCUUUGUAGGUGGCUAUUACAUCCGCGGGCUAGCUUAUGAAAGAUUAGGCGAAAUUGACAAAAGCAUUGAAGAUUUCACAACAGUCCUGAAACUUGACCCAAAUCAUAUAAAUGCAGCCUAUGCACGAGGAACAUGCAGAAAUAGAAAAGGGGACUAUUUAAAAGCUAUUGAAGACUAUUCAAUGGCUUUAGAAAAAGACACUGAGAGAUAUUCAUUAUCCCCAAAAAGAGAAAGAAAUACGCAUUCUAGUUCAACAAGUUCAAGAUUAAGCACAGGAACAGCUGAAGAUUUAAAUAUUUAUGAUAAAUAUCAAGAUAUAACAGCAAGCCUUUUAAGGACUUUUCCAGAGGAAAAGACUGUCAGAAUUAGCCUUCUCAAUCAAGAUCAUGAAAAUAAAAAAUCUGUUGAGACUUGGUUUACCCAGGGAUGCUUGGCUAAAAAACAAGGCGAUUUUAAUAGGGCUUGUAUAUGUUAUUCUGAAGCUUUGAAAAUGAACCCAAACCAUUUCAAGUCAAUCUUUAACCGAGCUUUUGCUUAUCACAAAUUAAAAAAAUUCGAAGAAGCCAUUUCAGAGUACACAAGAGCUAUAGACUUAUUUACCAAGAAUAGCCCACUAAGGAGCAUUUUUGGUUGACUGGACCAUAGCUGGCUUGCCAAAUUCGUUGGCAUGCCAUAUUUUUUGGCUAAACCAAAUUUAAGAAUGGCGGACCAAAAAAUGCUCCUUAGUGGGCUAUUAUUAAAAAAUAGGUAUAGACCUAGAGCCGAAUAAUCCUUUUCCAUAUUACAAUAGAGGGAUAACUUAUGACUGUCUUGAAGACUAUGAGUCCUCAAUUCGGGACUUUUCAAGCGCAAUAGCUUUGGAUCCUGCUAAGCCAGAUUUUUAUUAUAAUCGAGGAUUUGUGUUUAGGAAGCUUGGAGACUAUCAAAGCGCAAUUUCUGAUUAUUCCAUUGCAAUAAAAUAUGAUCCACAUAAUGUGAAAGGGUAUUUUAAUCGAGGAUAUUGCAAAGAAAUGCUAGACGAUCUUAAUGAUGCAGAAAGUGACUAUGAAAAUGCAUUGCAUUUUCAGCCUGAUCACCUAGGAUCUUUGAAUGGUCUUGCCACAGUACAAGAAAAAUUAGGAAAAUACCAAGAAGCGCUGCUUAAUUUUGAACAGGCGCUGAGGAUUGAUAAUAAAUAUGCCCCAGCUUAUAAUGGCAGAGGACUUGUGUGGAAUAAAUUGUCAAACUAUGAAAAAGCUUUGGCUGAUUUUUCGAAAAGUAUAGGAAUAGACCAAGAAAAUCCUAUAUAUUGGCACAACCGAGCCUGCUGUAAACGAAAUAUUGGUAAUGCUGAAGAGUCUUUAGAGGACUACAAAAUGGCUAUUGAGCUUGACCCUAUGAAUCCUCUAUUAUACGCUAAUAGAGCUCUAGCUUUCCGUAAGCUAGAAAGAUUCAAAGAAGCUGCUGAUGAUUAUUCCAAAGAAAUUGAGCUAAAAUCCUCACUUUCCCUCCAAAAUUGGGCACAAUAAUUGCAAUCUUCCUGUUUUUGAAAAAAAAAUUGUUUAUAUAUAAGUGAUACUUUUUAUAUGAAAUCUAUUUAAUUUUAAAUAGAUUGAGUUUUAAAUUAAAAAUAAAUUUUCCUAUAUAAUUUCGAGAAAUAAUAUAAUAUUUUUAAAAUAGAAAAUUAAAAGCAAAAAUUUUGCUGUUCAUUUAAGGAGGGAGAUGAGUCAGUAAAAGCUUACAAUAACCGCGCAUUUUGUUACUCUAAAAUAAACCAGCACAAGCUUGCUAUUGAAGACUACAACUAUGUGAUUUCCAUUGAACGAAAUAACACCCAAGCACUUUUUAAUAGAGCAAUUUCUUAUGAAAGAGUCAAUGAUUUUGAAAAUGCCAUCAAAGAUUUUAACGCUGUAAUUUUAUUGGAACCUAAUAACGCUAACGCUUAUUUUAGCAGAGGCUGCUGCUAUGAAAAUCUUGGAGAACUAGAUAUAUAGUCUUUUCCCUUGGAUUUUCUCUAUUUAAAAAUAAUUAAACCUAUUGCCCAAUUUUAAGGAAAAUCUAAUAGCAAUUUGUGAUUAUUCGUUGGCUCUGGAAUUAGAUACCAAAAAUGGAGGAAAACAUAGUGUAAAUUAA